CGAAACUGUAAACCAUGCAUUUCCGACAUGUGCGUUUGUAUACGUGAAAGUGAAGUAGCCUUGAGGAUGUGAACGUAUUAACGCAAUGCUAGUGUUUGAUUGGCUUUCAGAACUGCGAUCGUCGUUGUUUGUUACGAGUUCAAGCUAAAGUUGUAACCAGCACGGCUUGUAAUGGCUUUGGAUUUCGUAGCGGGAUGCCUUGGAGGUUAGAUCAUCUUUCCAUACCUUCAUGUUUCCUUGCUUUCUCCAUAGGAGGUAGUAAACAUUGCCUAUUGUUAUAAAUUUCAAAAUUGUUGUUUCUUUCCUUCAGGAUGGUCCGGCAUAGUAGUGGGACAUCCCUUCGACACAGUCAAAGUAAGAAAACGCCGCAUUCUAAAUACAGGACAACGUUCAAUUUGUUCAAUCACCCUUUUUAAGACAGAAUCACGCAUCUAUUUUAUCGAAGGUUAGAUCUUCAGACAGCUCAGUUGUUUAUGUUUUUUCCAGGUUCGACUUCAAACGCAAGUAUCGAAACGAUACGUCGGGACUAUCAACUGUUUUACGCAAAUUGUAAAACAAGAAACGGUUAGUAGCGGUAAUAUAUUUGAUAGUUCGAGAAUUUUUGCUCUAAUGAUGACAAACUGGGCGUUAUGCUUUUCAAGUUAAUUUUUCGUCAGCCAAGAACCUGAAGGUAGACCCAGUCCGUUUUUGGUUUGUAAUUUAUCAUCUAGACAGGUAAAUGACACAUGAUAUCGUGAUGUAAAUUAUUUAAAUGGAGUGGCAAAUAUACUGGCGAAACUUUUGAUAUUUGGCAAUUGAAUUAAGACAAUUGACAAACCGAAAGACGCAAAAAUUAAAUGAAUAAUUAUAUUUUCAAACGUUUAUUUUCUAAUUACUUAGACAUUUACACAUUAUGUUUGAAAUCCAGAGUGGGUUGAUUAUGACAGACAUUUCUUUUAAACCCCACAAGACUGAUGAGCAUCUAAUUUCUCCUUAGUGUAUGACUUUUAAUUGAAACAAUCAAGUAAUGAGAAUGAAGGAGUUUACCGCCUAAGAAGCUCUUGAUUGUUUAAUAAAUUCUCCUCAGUAGCACUAUAAGAAAUGUGAAGAGAUUAGUGUGAAGAAUAUGUAUACUGAUGUAAAGGUGUAAAGGAUUGAAUUAGAGACUUCUUGUGAGGCAACCAGCAGUUCUCACCUGUGUAACUUUUUGUGCAGUCAUUUUCAAAAGCUGGUCAAAAUUGCUGGGUAGUCUGCCAUCUUAAGGUGGAUACUUUCACAUCAGUUUACCACAGGUGCUGAUGAAAAAGUUAUUAAAAUAUCAAUGAAGAAUUUAUGUUGAGGCCAUAUCCCAGUGUUAACUGGGAUUAAAUGCAUAAUUUAUCGGUGACAUUACCUGUGUGACAGGAAAACUGAAAAUCUCUCUUGUAGUAUACAAGGUUUCAAGGAAAUCUUGAGGAUUUCACAAACUGAUAGAAAAAAUUAACAGAUCAGGUAUAUUUCAGUAGGCAAAUCACAUUCUUGCUAGUUCAUAAAUUCUGUAAAAUUGACACGUCACACAUAAGGUUUGGCCUCAAUCACACGUCGCACAUAAUUCCUUUUCCACUCCUCUUUCAGAACUGGCUUGAAGGUUCAUGCAAACUUUGCAGAAUGCCAGGGACAUUUAACUUGGACGAAUAGUUCUUAGGUGAAAUCUGAUGAAUCAACUGGGUGUCCACAAUAACCUGGUCACCCAUUAUCUGCAAUUUGGUUGUGACUUUCAAACUUGUUGUCAGCCCUACAUCUGGGGGUUUUAUUUAGGGAAAUGUUUCUACAAUGGUAGGUUUUUAAUCUAUUUAAUGUGAUAACUCCUGUUGAAAUUUGUUUGCCUCUUGACACAGGUGUUUGGUUUGUACAAAGGCAUGUUGUCCCCCAUGGCUGGUGUAGGGCUGAUAAAUGCUAUUAUAUUUGGGGUCCAUGGGAAUUUGUCACGCCUGCUUGAGCCAGGUUUAUCCAGUCAGUGUAUUGCAGGAGGUGUGGCAGGUGCAGUUCAGUCGAUUGUUUGCUGCCCAAUGGAAUUAGCAAAAACUCUUGUGCAGGUUCAAAACACUUCUAAGCCAUUGUACCAUGGAUCAAUUGAUUGCUUACAGAAGAUUUACAAGAAAAAUGGCAUCACGGGAUUGUACAAGGGGAUGACUAUAACACUCACUAGAGAAAUCCCCAGCUUUGCUAUAUACUUUGGAACAUUUGAGUUUUUUUGCAAUGCCAUGACACCUGAGGGAGAUGGUGCUGGUCAUAUUGGACCUUUAGGAUUGCUGCUUGCAGGAGGAUUAAGUGGUAUAUCAUCCUGGUUUUUCACUUAUCCAAUAGAUGUUGUUAAAUCAAGGUUCCAGGCAGAUGGUGAAGGAAAGAACCGCAGAUAUCAGAGCAUUUUGGACUGUGUUAAAAAAACCUACAAGAGUGGUGGGCUCCAUGCUUUCUCCCAAGGAUUAUCAGCUACAAUUCUGAGAGCAUUCCCCACCAAUGCAGCCACUCUAGCAACUGUUACUGUCACCUUAAGGAUUGCCAGAGACCACAAGAAACAGGCUGAAUUUGCAUAGUAAUGCAGAGCAUAAACUCUUGUUACAUAACAGGAAACAUAUUUUAGGAUUGCAGGUAUGCUGAAUAAACUUAAUUUGAAGUUUAAAUUUCUAAUUGUAUAUUAAGGGACUCUGUUACCAUACUUUGUACAAGUCUUAGUUAAAGAGAAUUCCUGAAAAAGCUAUUUACUAGGGAAUUUAGUAAAGAAUUAAAUUGAAAAUUGACUGAAAAGGAAUCAAAAUUGCAGAGGUUAAGUCAGAUUAAAAAUAAUGUACCUCUGGUUUUCUCUGAUUCCAUUUAAAAUCUUGAUAACAAUUUGCUUCUACUUAUAAGCUUUUGUAAGUUUUAGCAGUAAAAUAUUGGUCUUUCAGGCUUAAAGAGAAAAGCAAUUAUUAUAGUACAUUUAUUACUCCCUAGCAUUCAGAACUGUUUGUAUAAAUUAACUUACUCAUAAAAUGGUAGCUCAUUUAAUGAGGUUGUUUAACUUGGAGACAAUGCAGCUGUUAUAUUUUUUAUUUUAUCAUGUGUAAACUGGUAUGACACAUCUGAUAAGGAAUUGCAUAAGGUAUUGGUGGUUUUAUAAUGUAAAGGUUUUGCAAACUUAGGAAUAAAUAUUAUAAGUAGCUAAUGUUACAUAUGUAAUGGGGUAUUUUUAACAUACUAUUUAAGGUAAUAUCAUAUGGUAUGCAGUUAUUUUCAGCUAAAGCCCAAAUAUGUUUUGUAUACUGAAUCACUCAGCAAACAUAGUAUGUUAUAUCUAAUGUAACCCUGUAAUUCCCAAGAUCUGAUUGUUAACUCUCCCCUCCAACUGUUACACAUUUCCUCGUAAAUUAGUUAUGAGAAUUUGAUGUUAGAUCAAGAUAAGAACUCCUAUCUGGUAAGUUUGAGUAUUCUCAUUACAUGUCUGUUGGAUAUAUUAUGGAUGUUACAGGGAGAAGUUACAUUUCGAUCACCUUUGGGAAAUGAAGGGUGAAGGACCCACACAGUUUUUUACAGGCUCCAUACAGCAUGAAUUGCAUGGACUAAAAUUUUCUAUGUAAGGUAAAGGGGAUUGAAGGGGUAAAAUAAUCUACCAAUGUAAUAUUGUAUAUUUUAUUGUUAUUGGUUCAUUACUGGUUUGAUUUUUUACAAUUUAUUGUUUGGUGUAAACUAAUUCCUCAUCCAUUAGACUGUGAAAUGAUAUCCUUGGGAAUAGAUGCCUGGUAAAACGAGAUUUUAAAGAAUUUGAGAUGAGCUAUUUAAUAUAUUUUUCUCACAAGGUAUUUAUAAGAUUUAGUUUUUCCUUCUAUUUAAUUGGUAAUGUUUGUAAUGUAAUUUAUUUCUUCAUCUAUUUAAGUGUUAGGUAAGUGUAAGAAGUCACUUAAAAUAGAGCAUUAUGUGAUUUAUAGACACAACUGAAGUUUUAAAAGCUUUUGUCAUUCAUGGAGCUUUAUGCAAUGCUAGAAAGCUUAUGUGAUUUUCAAUUUAAGAAUUUCUGGACAAAUUAGACAAUUUUAUCAGAUUUUUGUCAAGACAGGUAUAUCUAUUUCCUUGGAUAUCAAUUUGAUAGAUGAUAACUGUAACUGCUAAAAUUGGAGAAGGAGUGUAUUUUUUCCUUGGUAUAAUGGGAGCUAAAUGUUUUCAUCUUAUGGCAUUUAAAAAUGUGACAUGGGAAAAAGGACUCUAUAUUAAACUGUAACAAUUCUGUGAGCUUGCUUUUGUAUUUUGAGUUACA